GUGACGUGCAGAGCAGUGCGAGAGCAACAAGGGCAGGUGUCCACUUGUUGCAGUGGGCUCAAUUUCAUUUCAUUACACUCUUUACUUUUCGACCCGGCGAAUAGGAUCGCUACUUGUGUUGUUUUCUAUACGCCUUUCGUUGUCUUGUGACUGCACUCCUAGUAUUAGUUUUUAUAUUUUAGUAAUAAAAUAUAUAUAUAAAAAAUAAAAAUAAAAAACUAAAAGGAAAGAGGUAGCGCACUAUCAUCCUGAUGACCCCUUCCCAUGUCAUUUCCUGCAUCUGAAACACCCAAGUGACGCUCCAAUCCAAGUUGAUUUGAUUAGGCUGAUUAAUUACGAAACAAUGAGUGGAGCUGUUCUUGUUGCUGUUGCUGCUGCUAUCGGUAACUUACUACAAGGAUGGGAUAAUGCGACUAUUGCAGGAUCUAUUUUGUACAUAAAGAGGGAGUUUCAAUUAGAAAGUGAACCCACAGUUGAAGGUCUGAUUGUGGCUAUGUCACUUAUUGGGGCCACCGGGGUUACUACAUGCUCCGGACCUGUAUCAGACUUGCUAGGCCGACGUCCCAUGUUGAUUAUGUCAUCUGUCCUUUAUUUUGUUAGUUCUCUUGUGAUGCUAUGGUCCCCAAAUGUUUAUAUCCUCCUCUUUGCAAGACUUUUAGAUGGUUUAGGAAUUGGUUUGGCAGUUACCUUGGUACCUCUUUAUAUUUCUGAGAUUGCUCCUCCUGAGAUUAGGGGAUUACUCAAUACACUUCCACAGUUUACUGGUUCCGCUGGAAUGUUUUUCUCCUACUGUAUGGUGUUUGGGAUGUCCUUAACCAAGGCUCCAAGCUGGAGACUCAUGUUGGGUGUUCUUUCAAUCCCCUCUCUCAUUUAUUUUGUACUCACAAUAUUGUUCUUGCCUGAGUCUCCAAGAUGGCUUGUCAGUAAAGGCCGUAUGCUUGAGGCCAAGAAGGUUUUGCAGCGCCUUCGUGGAAGGGAAGAUGUUGCUGGUGAGAUGGCUUUACUGGUUGAGGGUCUUGGAGUCGGGGGUGAUACAGCCAUAGAAGAGUACAUAAUUGGUCCAGCCAAUGAAUUUGCUGAUGAAGAGGAUCCAUCUACAAGAAAAGAUCAGAUCAAGUUGUAUGGGCCCGAACAAGGUCAGUCUUGGGUUGCCAAACCUGUCACCGGACAAAGCUCUAUUGGCCUUGCAUCUCGGAAAGGAAGCAUGAUAAAUCAGAGUGGUCUAGUGGACCCUCUAGUGACCCUCUUUGGUAGUGUCCAUGAGAAGCUCCCAGAAACGGGAAGCACCCUUUUUCCACACUUUGGAAGCAUGUUUAGUGUUGGGGGAAAUCAGCCCAGGAAUGAAGAUUGGGAUGAAGAAAGCCUUGCCAGAGAGGGUGAUGAUUAUGUGUCUGAUGCUGCCGCUGGUGAUUCUGAUGACAAUUUGCAGUCUCCAUUAAUCUCACGUCAAACAACGAGUUUGGAUAAGGACAUACCCCCUCCUGCUCAUGGUAGUCUUUCAAGCAUGAGGCAAGGUAGUCUUUUACAAGGAAAUGCAGGAGAACCUGCAGGUAGUACUGGAAUUGGUGGUGGUUGGCAGCUAGCAUGGAAAUGGUCUGAACGAGAAGGCCCAGAUGGAAAGAAGGAAGGUGGUUUCAAGAGAAUAUAUUUACACCAAGAGGGUGGUUCUGGAUCUAGACGUGGGUCUGUGGUUUCACUUCCUGGUGGUGAUAUGCCAACAGAUGGUGAGGUUGUACAGGCUGCUGCUCUGGUGAGUCAGCCAGCCCUUUAUAACAAGGAGCUUAUGCAUCAGCAGCCAGUUGGACCAGCCAUGAUUCAUCCAUCUGAAACAGCCGCAAAAGGGCCAAGUUGGAGUGAUCUUUUUGAACCUGGGGUGAAGCAUGCAUUGAUGGUGGGGGUGGGAAUUCAAAUUCUUCAGCAGUUUGCUGGUAUAAAUGGGGUCCUCUACUAUACACCUCAAAUUCUUGAGCAGGCAGGUGUUGGUUAUCUUCUUUCAAACCUGGGCCUUGGUUCUACUUCUGCAUCUUUUCUUAUUAGUGCUGUGACAACCUUGUUGAUGCUUCCUUGUAUAGCUGUUGCUAUGAGGCUCAUGGAUAUUUCUGGCAGAAGGACUUUGCUGCUCAGCACAAUCCCCGUCUUGAUAGUAUCUCUCCUCGUAUUAGUUCUAGGGAGUUUUGUGGAUUUGGGCAGCACUGCGAAUGCAGCAAUCUCAACCAUUAGUGUUGUUGUCUAUUUCUGUUUCUUUGUCAUGGGAUUUGGGCCAAUUCCUAAUAUACUUUGUGCAGAGAUCUUCCCCACCCGAGUUCGUGGUCUCUGCAUUGCCAUAUGUGCUCUUACCUUUUGGAUUUGUGACAUCAUUGUCACCUACACACUCCCAGUUAUGCUUAAUUCUAUAGGCCUCGGUGGUGUGUUUGGUUUGUAUGCAGUUGUGUGUUUCAUCGCUUGGGUGUUUGUCUUCUUGAAAGUUCCAGAAACCAAGGGCAUGCCACUGGAAGUGAUCAUCGAGUUCUUCUCUGUCGGAGCAAAGCAGGUUGACGCUGCUAAGCAUAACUGACUUAGGGAUAUGAUAAAUUGAAAGUUUUGACAGUACCUUUUAAUGAUUUUCAUCUACGUUUUUUGUUUGAUAUUUUUUCCUCUUUCAAUUUUUCUUUUCUAUUAAUCUCUCCUUUUCGUGGGUUGAGAUUGAGAAACAAGAAACUGUGUUUCUGUAAAAAACUUUCAUUUUUGUGGUUCAUU